CACUGCACCUGGGGAAGAUGCAGGCCCGCAUGGUUCUGCGGCUGGCCCUGUGCCUCCUGCUGGGGUCGCUCACAGGGGCCAAGCCAGUGCAGGAGGAAGGCCCCUACGCUGAGCUGCCGGCUAUGCCCUACUGGCCUUUCUCCACCUCCGACUUCUGGAACUACGUGCAGUACUUCCAGGCCCAGGACGCCUACCCGCAGGUGGAGGACCUGGCCCGCACCUUCUUUGCACACUUUCCCCUGGGGAGCACCCUGGGCUUCCAUGUCCCCUACCAGGAGGACUGAGUGGCACUGGCCGCACCUCAGGGCAGGUCUGGAGU